AUGGGGUCCUUUGGGGUGAAUGGUGAAGCUGAAACGCUAAAGGCUAUUUUUCUUCCCAUGAUCUCAACCAGUCACCUCAUUCCCGUCGUGGACAUGGCGAGGCUCUUCGCCAUGCACGGCGUUGAUGUUACCGUAAUCACCACACCAGCAAACGCCGCCGUUUUCCAAAGCUCUAUCGAACGUGAUUCGAGCCGUGGGCACCUCAUUCGAAGCCAUGUGGUGAAGUUCCCGCAAAUCCCCGGUUUGCCAGAAGGAGUGGAAACUAUCAAUGCUAACACUCCUCCAGACCUGAGGACGAAAAUCGGCGAGGCACUGUCCAUUCUCCAAGUCCAAUUCCAAGAACUCUUCCGUCUUCUGCAACCUGAUUUCAUCGUCACCGACAUGUUCUACCCUUGGAGUGCUGAUGCCGCCGCUGAACUUGGAAUUCCAAGGCUCGUUUAUGUUGGUGCUAGUUACUUUUCUCACUGUGCAAUGGACUCAAUUGAACAGUUUGCGCCUCACGCCAAGGUAGAUUCGGAUGGUGAGAUUUUUGAGCUUCCUGGGUUGCCUCACAAGUUGGAGAUGACACGUUUGCAGUUGCCGGAUUGGCUUAGAGAACCUAAGCCUUACACCUAUUUGAAGAAGAUGAUAAAAGAAUCAGAGAAAAAGAGCUAUGGAUCACUGUUCAAGAGCUUUUAUGAGUUUGAGGGAGCAUACGAGGAGCAUUACAAGACAGUCAUGGGUACGAAGAGUUGGAGUAUAGGACCUGUUUCGUUGUGGGUGAACCAGGAGGAGUCGGAUAAGGCUGGCAGGGGCCAUGUCAAAAAAGGAGAAGGAAAAGGAACAGACGAAAGGUUGAUCAGAUGGCUUGAUUCCAAGGAAGAGAACUCUGUUCUGUAUGUGAGUUUUGGGAGUAUGAACAAGUUCCCUGCCACUCAGCUUGUUGAAAUAGCUCACGCACUGGAAGACUGUGGCCAUGAUUUCAUCUGGGUGGUUAGGAAUAACGAUGAUGAAGCUAGGGGUUUUCUGAAGGAAUUUGAGAAGAGGGUGGAAAGAAGCAACAAAGGGUAUCUGAUAUGGGAUUGGGCACCACAACUUGUUAUACUUGACCAUCCUGCCACUGGAGCUGUGGUGACUCACUGUGGGAUGAACACUGUGUUUGAAAGUGUGAUCGCAGGUCUGCCACUGGUGGCUUGGCCAUUAUUUUCAGAGCAGUUUUUCAAUGAGAAGCUGGUGGUGGAAGUGCUGAGAAUUGGAGUGUCCAUUGGAGCAAAAGAAUGGAGAAACUUGAAUGAGUUUGGGAGUGAGACAGUAAAGAGGGAGGACAUAGGAAAGGCAAUUGCUUUGUUGAUGGAUGGAGGAGAAGAAUCUGAAGAAAUGAGGAGGAGAGUGAAAACACUGAGUGAUGAGGCAAAGAAAGCAAUUCAGGUUGGUGGCACUUCUCACAACAAUUUGAAAGAUUUAAUUCAAGAGCUCAAGUCAGUGAAACUUCAAAAGAAUAACAACAAAUCUAAUUGA